AUGGGCGCCUCAAAUUCGACUCUUGCUCUCGAGACGUGCAUCCAGAGCGUCUGUAAUGGACGCCUUGAGUGCUACCAUAUCCCCAGCAGCAGUGCGGAUGUCGCCUGGAUCAAACCGUACAAUCUCGACAUUCCUCGAUUUCCUCAGAUGGUCGUUCGCCCCAAUAAUGCCACCGAGGUUGCCGGCGCUGUAAAGUGUGCAAACGAAAAUGGAUUCAAGGUCCAGGCUAGAUCUGGCGGGCACUCUUACGGAAAUUUCGCUCAGGGUGCCGGCGAUGAGACUGGCAUGAUGAUCGACUUGGUAAAUCUUCAGAGCUUCCAAAUGGACAACACUACUUGGCAAGCGAGCGUUGGAUCGGGAUUCAGACUGGAUGGACUCGACAAACUGCUUCAUGCAAACGGUGGCAGGGCUAUUGCACAUGGUACUUGUCCGGGAGUUGGAGUUGGAGGACAUGCAACUGUGGGAGGACUCGGCCCCAUGUCCCGAAUGUGGGGAGCCGCGCUUGACCAUGUCCUCGAAGUCGAAGUCGUUACGGCUGACGGUCAAAUAUUACGAGCCAAUGAAAACGAAAACGACGACCUGUUUUGGGCCAUUCGUGGUGCCGGAGCCAGCUUUGGCAUCGUCACUGAGUUUGUCUUCAAGACGCACCCUGAGCCCGGCAGCGUUGUCGAGUACACCUACAGCUUCAGCUUCGGCAACCAGAAGGAUAUGGCCCCUGUGUUUCAACAAUGGCAGGAGUUGGUGUACGAUCCUAAUCUCGACAGACGCUUCUCGACGUUGUUCAUUGCGGAGCCUCUCGGCGUUCUCAUCACCGGCACGUUCUACGGUACGCAAGAGGAAUUUGACCAGACGGGAAUCAAACAGAAAAUCCCCGUUGGCGGAGACGCCAAUCUUGCUAUUGUGGAUUGGGUGGGAAGCUUGGCUCACAUUGCAGAGACGACUGCGUUGUAUCUGAGCGACCUCUCCACGCCUUUUGCUAGCAAGUCGCUAGCCUUCAACAGGAACGACAAGUUGAGCAACGACUCCAUCGACGGAUUAUUCAACUACAUGGACAGCACCGAUGCGGAAACUUUGCUUUGGUUCAUCAUCUUCAACUCUGAGGGAGGCGCCAUGGCAGACACCCCAUACAACGCCACUGCUUACCCGCAUCGCGAUGCAAUCAUGAUGUAUCAGUCUUACGCCAUCGGAAUUCCGGCACUGCUCCAAGGAACGAGAGACUUUGUGUCUGGAGUUCAUCAAAAGAUUCAGCAGGGAGCUCCCGAGGCGAACACGACAUAUGCUGGAUAUGUUGAUGUUUCAUUGAGCAGAGCAGAUGCCCAGAGAACGUACUGGGGCGACAAGGUGCCGAGGCUGCAGGAGAUUAAGCAACGUUACGAUGCUGGCAACAUUUUCCUGAAUCCUCAGAGUAUUGAUUUGCCAUGA